AUGAUUUGCAAUGCCAAGUUGAGCAAUUCUAGUCUAGCACCGGCAAAACUAAAGGAACACUUCCUAAAGCUGCAUGGAGAUGGGAAAUACAAGAACAAAACACUCGCUGAAUUCAAGGUGAAGAGAGCCAGAUUCGAUGAAAAGGCUACUCUGCCUGUUCUCGGCUUUGUACCCAUCGACAAACCGAUCCUCACAGCAUCGUACGAAGUUGCGUACCUGAAAGCAAAGCAGGGCAAACCACACACCAUUGGUGAAACACUCGUAAAACCAGCUGCGUUGAAGAUGGCGAAUAUCAUGCUGGGAAAAGCUGCUGAAGAUAAGUUAUCCCAAAAUCCUCUUUCAAAUGACACUAUCAGCAGCAGAAUAGACGACAUGAGUGAUGACAUCUUGGCUCAAGUAGUUGCAGAUCUGAUUUCAAGCCCAGCAAAUUUCAGCCUCCAACUCGACGAGACCAACGACGUUUCAAAUCUAAGCCAGCUUGUUGUAUUCGUGCGCUAUAUGAAAGACGACAUGAUAAAGAAAGAUUUUUUAUUUUGUAAGCCUCUUACAACAACAACCAAGGCAGUCGAUGUGAAGAAACUCGUGGAUGAUUUCUUCAGAGACAACAAUCUUUCGUGGAAUAUGGUUUCUGCAGUUUGUUCGGACGGAGCGCCAGCCAUGCUGGGACCACACUCUGGUUUUGGAGCGCUGGUGAAAUCCGAUGCACCAUACAUCAUUGUUACGCACUGUGUUCUGCACAGACAUGCGUUGGCAACAAAAACCUUGCCUCCAAAACUGGCAGAAGUAUUAAAAAUUGUAGUUGAAUGUGUGAACUAUGUGCGAAAUAGUGCUAUGAAGCACCGCAUCUUCAAAGAGCUGUGUAAGGAAAUGGGCUCUGAAUUCGAGGGCGGUGGAGUCAACAUCAUCGAAGCAGAAGAAAACCUGAAGGCGUUUAAAAUUAAGCUACCUUUAUGGAAACGACGAACAGAGAAUGAUAACGUCGCAAACUUUCCCCUGCUGGACGACUGUGUAAGUAAGAUCGAAGACAUGUCUGGAAUUGGAGACAUUUCUGUACCUGGGGAGCUGAAGCAAGCAAUUGCCAUGCACUUAGAUGAGCUCGCAAAGUCUCUCGACGGAUACUUCCCCACCAGAGAGUCAUAUCCAGCAUGGGUGAGACAGCCGUUCACGUUUAGUGUUGCGACAGCAGAUGUCAACGAUGAAUACCUCGACGAAAUCAUUGAACUUCAGCAGAGCCAGCUUCAACAGCAACUCUUCAGAACAACAUGGUUCUCAACGUUUUGGUGUCACCAAAUCGCACCAUACCCUCUUAUUGCUAAGAAAGCCCUUGAGAUACUCACACCGUUUGUUACAACGUAUCUUUGCGCGCAAUCCUUUUCGAGGAUGGUAGACGUGAAAACUAAGAAAGGAAGAGACUUUGUUGCGAAAAUGAUAUGA